AGGUGACUGUGCUUCGCCGGGGCGCGUUCGAGCUGUCUGCGGGCGGACCACGCCCCGGCCCCGGCGUGCUGAGCGCCAGGCUAGCCGGUAGCCUCGCACAAAGCCGCUACAUCCGGGCGUUCUGUUCAGUUUACAAGCCCUGCAAAGAUGGCGGCGCCAGGGAGGAGUGCAUUAUUAUCCUUCACUUCAACCGGACCCAAGACGUCGCUGGAGAACUCCAACCCGGAGGAAGACGAUGGGCAGAAUUUGUGGUCGACCAUCCUCAGUGAAGUGUCAACACAUUCAAGAUCAAAGCUACCAUCCGGGAAGAAUGUCCUGAUUAUGGGUGAAGUUGGCUCAGGGAAGACCACCUUGGUUGCAAAGCUACAGGGAGUGGACGAAUACAUGAAAGGACGUGGUCUGGAAUACCUCUACUUCAGUGUUCAUGAUGAUGACAUUGAUGACCAUACUAGGUGUAAUGCCUGGGUGUUAGACGGUGACCUUUACCACAAAGGUCUACAGGGAGUAGCUGUACCAGUGGAUGCGAUUGGCAACACAUUGCUGCUGAUAACAGUUGAUAUGUCCCGGCCAUGGAACGCCUUGGACUCGCUCCAGAAGUGGGCCGCUGUUGCUAGAGAGCACAUUGACAAGCUCCGGGUCACCCCUGAAAUACUGCGGGAGCUCGAGCACAGACUUGUAAAGCAGUUUCAAGAAUACACAGAACCUGGCAGCGGGGAGGACGGUGCCCCACAGAGGCGGAGUGAAGAGGAGGAGGGUGUGCUGCUGCCGUUGGGGGACAACACACUCACACACAACCUGGGCAUACCAGUGGUGGUGGUCUGUACAAAGUGUGACGCCAUCAGCACACUGGAGAAGGAGCACGACUACAGAGACGAACAUCUGGAUUUUAUCCAGUCUCACAUCAGACAUUUCUGCCUGCAGUAUGGAGCUUCUUUGGUUUACACAUCGGUGAAGGAGAUGAAGAAUCUGGAUGUACUUUAUAAAUAUCUGGUCCACAGACUUUAUGGUUUCCCUUUCCACUGCCCUGCACAAGUUGUGGAAAGAGACGCUGUCUUCAUCCCCAACUGUGUGGGACAAUGAGAGAAAAUCGGCAUCCUUCACGAGAACUUCCAGACAGUUAAAGCAGAAGGGCUUGAGGAUGUAAUAGUUAAACCGCCAGUCAGAAAGAUUGUACAUGAAAAAGAGAUUCAGGCUGAAGAUGAUCAAGUAUUUCUGGUCAAACUGCAGUCGUUGCUCGCCAAACAGCCCGCUGUGACAACGGGCCGGCCAGUGGACACCACCACCAGAGCCCCGAGCAAUUCUCCCAGAACGAGUAAUCGCUCUGCCGCGGCCAAUGUAGCCAAUUCAGUGCCACAAUCUGGUCAGACCAGUGAGGGGGUGUUGGCCAACUUCUUUAACAGUCUGCUGACGAAGAAGGCAGGGACGGGAGGACCUGGAACGCCAGGUGGAGGUAACAACACUCCAGGAACCGUACGCAAGUCAGGGUCGAAACUGGGCCUGAGCGAUGUGCAGGCAGAACUGGACCGCAUAUCCAGCCGGGAGACUGACUCAGACUUGUCCAACGCCAACGAGGCCGCUGACGGCCAGGACACAUGAAGAUCACUGCACGUCACCUGCGCUCCUCUCUCUCACUCCCUCUCCACCUCCAUCGUCCUUCCUACCUCCACUCUCACCUCUCCCUGUCUCCAUCACAGCGGUGCAAAGAGAAAGAGGGAAGUAGGGAAACAGAAGGGGUGGACACUUUUUUUUUUUUUUUUAAUCCCAUCGUUUUCGCUCACUCUCCUGAACAACUUGUUCUCCUUCCUGGCUGUUCCACUGAGGAUGAGUGUUUGUCAUUGUUGCCAACCAGACUGUGUGUUACAUGAGAAUAAAUGGGCAUGAGAGACCAGUGGACAAGGAGAAACAUGAGCCGGGAUCAAAAAGACUGACUAAAAGUGUGCACAAACUGGAAAUGUGUUUAAAAAUGAGAGAGGUAGGAAAGAGGCGAUGUCAUUUCCAUCCAUUUGGGGUGGUACAGUUACUGUUUUUAACUGCAGGAUUUGCUGAAGGGCACGUGUUGAAGAAACUGCACAUAGGGUACUGGAAGGAUUGUUGAAUACAUGUGAGGGCAAGUCGUGCUUGGCCAGUAAUUUGGACGGAUGAAGAGUUCCAAAACAAAAAUAUGACUGAUUUAAAACUCUACUCUUGUUUUCUAAGAUGAAGGGACGUGUGUGUGUAUGUAUGAUAGAGUGAGUGAGGUGGUUGGAGGUUAAUCAGUUAAGUUACUUCAAACUAGACCUGUAUGUUGAAACUUGUUUGCACUUUCAACAAAAGGGAAGGACAGCUGUUAAGUUUAAGAACCUCUUAAAACAGUGCAUAAGGAAUUCCCGCAUUUUGACAGCCAUUUCGAAGACACUGCAGGAUCUGAACCCUGACCGAGACUACACUACAGAAUGUCACAGCCAUGCAUUAGCUCCCCUCUAUGGUAAAACUGUUCAAACUUGUAGAUAACUGACAGGGCACUAUAAAAAGGGAAUGUGACCGCGUGGGAGGGUAGCUGAGCUUUAAUUGUACAAACAUAAGCGUUAGUGAAAUUCCAUAGUUGGUGUGGGGAGGGGAUGUGCAGGGGGUCAGACCUUAAGGUUAUGUCAAGGUUGUACAGUCAUUGUCUUGCUGAUUGGUCCUGUUAUUUCAGAGCUCUGUGUUGGCGUUUGUAUAAUCAGAUCUGUUAAUCAGUCUAAUAAAAGGUGUAUUUAUUCGGAUUCA